AUGUUCGAUCGAAGUUUCGAAGAUAUGGCCUUUAAGAAAGGCCUUAGUGCAGAGAAGAGGUGUGUGCAGUUGGCUUGUGAUACAACGCAUGAACAUCUGCAGGACGACUUGGAUAGAGACAGUGACCACAUCGACGUACCGAUUAAGCGAAAACGGAUUACUGCGUCUGUACUGCUGGAAGAGCAGUACAGAUUGUGUCAGAGGCAAGAAGCCGGCGUUAGAGACCUCAUUGGUAACGCCAAUAUCGAAGAAUCUGUUCAGUCAGUAGAAGAGAAGUAUGACACCUCCUCCCUUCUUCCGGCUGCUUCCGAAUGCUCCCAUAUGAAUGAGUGUCUGCCCGGAAAUCCGCACUCGAUGUACAUGAAGCGAGCCCUGACAUCCACUACCGCAAUCGUAUUGAUUUCGUAA